GAGACUACAGUUCCCAGAAUGCCACGCGAGCCCGUCCCUGCGGGCGCCUUGGGGCAAAGGCGCUGCUAGGGUUGGUCAGUACCGUGAGAAGCGAGGAGGUGUAGUGCUGGAGCUUCUUCUCCUGAAGAAGAAAGGACCGCAGGAGGAAAGUCUGAGCCAUGUCGUCCUUGAUCAGAAGGGUGAUCAGCACCGCGAAAGCCCCAGGGGCCAUUGGACCCUACAGCCAAGCCGUGUUGGUCGACAGGACUGUUUACAUUUCAGGACAGAUAGGCAUGGACCCUUCAAGUGGCCAGCUCGUGUCAGGAGGGGUGGCAGAAGAAGCCAAACAAGCUCUUAAAAACAUGAGUGAAAUUCUGAAAGCUGCAAGCUGUGAUUUCACUAAUGUGGUGAAAACAACAGUUCUUCUGGCUGACAUAAAUGACUUCAAUACUGUCAAUGAAAUCUACAAACAGUAUUUCAAGAGUCAUUUUCCUGCUAGAGCUGCUUACCAAGUUGCUGCUUUGCCCAAAGUAAGUAUAUUUUACAUGACUAAUGUACACAGUUUUCAAUUUCUACGGUGUUUUCUGACUAUAAGUAGACUAAGCACUGUGAAAGGAAACUUAAAAGAAGUAGCCUGGGCCAGGUGGCUUACCCCUGUAAUCCCAGUGCUUUGAGAGGCAAACACAGGAGGAUCACUUGAGACCAGG